AUGCCUGACGCGGUCAAAUGGUGUCUCUGCAGCGCCUACUACUACGGUCGGCUCACCGGGGUCUUGAACUUCGAGAUCGACCUGAAAACGGGUCGCACCCGGGUCACCAAUCGGGCCAAUUUGUACGCAGCUCUCGCUCAAGUAGUGCUGACCUACUUCCUGGUCCUUCAAGCGAUGGAACCAAAGUUCUUUCGACUGUUCUGGUGGCAAGCGAAUGUGCUCCACGAGGUAGUUUAUUUGGUUAUGGCAGGAUUCCGACUCGGCUGCAUCCUGGUAUCUCUGAUGAGUCGCUGGCAGCAUCGCCGCCAGUUCAUCCGGCUGUUCCACUCUUUCCGCUGCCUGGUCCAGGAACACCCAGAGAUCACUCAGAACUGCCGUGUUGGAAUAGCCAGCAAGUGCUUCUGCUCUACCUCCCUGGACGCGCUGAUGCUCCUGAUGGGCGUAGUCAUGAUGUGGCAGUACCUGACCGUUUUCAUGGGGGCGCUACGCCCUACUGAAGCCCAGUCAUUGGUUCCCAAUGGAGGAGGAGUCUAUGUGACCAGGUGCUGCGACCUGGCCGACCGCUUGGAUGAACUGGCAGCAGCUCAGUCCGAUCUGCAGGCUCUCACGGAGCGACUGUCGAAGACCUACAGUCUGCAGGUGUUCUGCAUGUCGCUAGCGUACUAUUUGAACUUUGUGGGAAGUGCCUACUUGGCCUUCAGUGUCGGGAAGUACACAAAUAUCACGGAAAACUGGCCGCCCUUUUUCAGGGCUCUGGCAGUGGCCUACUUGGUGAUUUUCAUGAGCGAUAGCUUUCUUUCUACAUACAACACCUUUCGUCUCCUCAACUCCCACUCUGAAAUGUCAGAGCUCCUGAAGCAACGAUCUGCUCUUCCGAAUGGGUUGGACCAUCGAUUGGAAACUGCCUUCGAGAGCUUCGAGCUGAAUUUGGCGCGCAAUCCCCUGGCUCUGUCCGUCUUUGGGGCCUACACCAUUGAGCCCGCCUCCCUGUUUUCCGUGGUCAACUCCCUAAUAACUAAUGCAAUACUCCUGAUACAAUACGAUGUAGAGAACUACUAG